CGCAAGGAAGUGGUGGGGCCAAGAUGGCGGUGUGGCGCGCGAUGGAGGUGGGGCCGGGAGACCGUGGGGACCUGGGGGCGGUGGGACGCUGACCCCGCCCCCUGCUGCUACUAGUCUGCGCCGGGUGGCCGGGGAGGCCGGAACAUGGCGACUGUGGCCCGCAGCUUCGGGCCCGAGCGGGAGGCCGAGCCGGCAAAGGAGGCGCGCGUCGUGGGCUCUGAGCUCGUGGACACAUAUACGGUUUACAUCAUCCAGGUCACUGAUGGCAACCAUGAAUGGACAGUCAAGCACCGCUACAGUGACUUCCAUGACCUGCAUGAAAAGCUUGUUGCAGAGAAGAAGAUUGACAAAAAUCUGCUUCCACCCAAAAAGAUAAUUGGGAAAAACUCAAGAAGCUUGGUGGAAAAGAGGGAGAAGGAUUUGGAGGUCUACCUCCAGACACUCCUGGCCACCUUCCCUGUUGUGGCCCCCAGAGUGCUGGCCCACUUCUUGCAUUUUCAGUUCUAUGAGAUAAAUGGUAUCACUGCAGCUCUGGCUGAGGAGCUCUUCGAAAAAGGAGAACAGCUCCUGGGGGCCGGCGAGGUCUUUGCCAUCAGGCCCCUGCAGCUCUAUGCAGUCACCGAACAGCUGCAGCAGGGAAAGCCCACGUGUGCCAGCGGGGACGCCAAGACUGACCUUGGGCACAUCCUGGACUUCACCUGUCGCCUUAAGUACCUUAAGGUUUCUGGCACAGAAGGACCUUUUGGGACCAGCAACAUUCAGGAGCAGCUGCUGCCUUUUGAUCUGUCAAUAUUCAAGUCUCUUCAUCAGGUGGAGAUAAGCCACUGUGAUGCCAAGCACAUCCGGGGACUAGUCGCAUCAAAGCCCACCUUAGCCACAAUGAGUGUCCGCUUCUCAGCAACUUCAAUGGAGGAAGUCCUUGUUCCUGAAGCCUCGGAAUUUGAUGAGUGGGAGCCAGAAGGCACAGCCCUGGAAGGCCCCGUGACUGCCAUCAUCCCCACGUGGCAAGCACUGACCACUCUAGACCUGAGCCACAACAGCAUCUCCAAGAUUGACGAGUCUGUGAAACUGAUUCCAAAGCUUGAGUUCUUGGACCUGAGUCACAAUGGAGUGCUAGUCGUGGACAACCUACAGCACCUGUACAACCUCAUGCACCUUGACCUGUCCUACAACAAGCUGUCCUCCUUGGAAGGGGUUCAUACUAAACUAGGGAAUGUCAAGACUCUGAACCUGGCAGGUAACCUUCUGGAGAGUCUGAGUGGCCUGCACAAGCUGUACUCCUUGGUCAACCUGGAUCUCAGUGACAACAGAAUCGAACAGAUGGAGGAAGUCAGGAGCAUAGGCAGCCUCCCAUGUCUGGAGCACGUGGCUCUGCUGAACAACCCUCUGAGCAUCAUCCCCGACUACCGGACCAAGGUGCUGGCUCAGUUCGGAGAGAGGGCGUCUGAGGUCUGUCUGGACAACACGGUGACCACAGAGAAGGAGCUGGAUACUGUGGAAGUGUUAAAAGCAAUUCAGAAAGCCAAGGAGGUCAAGUCCAAGCUGGGCCACCCUGAGAAGAAGGUUGGUGAGGAUUGCCGGCUCUCUGCUGCCCCCUGCGUCAGACCCAGCAGCUCCCCUCCCACCAUGGCUCCCAGCUCCGCCUCCCUGCCCCAGCCCAUCCUCUCCAACCAAGGAAUCAUGUUUGUGCAAGAGGAGGCCCUGGCCAGCAGCCUCUCAUCCACCGACAGUCUUACUCCUGAGGACCGGCCCAUUGCCAGGGGAUGCUCUGAUUCCUUGGAGUCCAUCCCUGCAGGACAGUUUGGGACACAGUAUAACUCUGGCACCUUCUCUGUGACUAUUGCUGAGGGUUCAGGAGCUUCUUCAUGUGUCCUGGGAGAGGAGGAAGGCAAGUGUGUUGCACCUUCCGAUGAUUACAGGGACAUGCCUGGAGCAGUUGGCGGUACAGGCCCAGAGCACACAGAGCCAGAGGUCCAGGUGGUGCCCGGGUCUGGCCAAAUCAUCUUUCUGCCCUUCACCUGCAUUGGCUACACAGCCACCAACCAGGACUUUAUCCAGCGCCUCAGCACACUCAUCCGGCAGGCCAUUGAGAGGCAGCUGCCCGCCUGGAUUGAAGCAGCCAACCAGCGGGAGGAGAGCCAGGGUGAGCAGGGCGAGGAUGACGACGAUGAAGAAGAGGAUGUUGCUGAGAACCGCUACUUUGAAAUGGGGCCUCCAGACAUGGAGGAAGAGAAUGGGGGAGGCCGGGGAGAGGAAGAAGAGGAGGAAGAAGAGGAGGAGGAGGAGGGUGAGGAGGAGCGCCUAGCCCUGGAGUGGGCCCUGGGUGCAGAUGAGGACUUCCUGCUGGAGCACAUCCGCAUCCUCAAGGUGCUCUGGUGCUUCCUGAUCCACGUGCAAGGCAGCAUCCGCCAGUUUGCAGCCUGCCUCGUGCUCACCGACUUCGGCAUCGCUGUCUUCGAGAUCCCACACCAGGAGUCAAGGGGCAGCAGCCAGCACAUCCUCUCAUCCUUGCGCUUCGUCUUCUGUUUCCCACACGGUGACCUCACUGAGUUUGGCUUUCUCAUGCCAGAGCUGUGUCUAGUGCUCAAGGUGCGGCACAGUGAGAACACGCUCUUCAUCAUUUCGGAUGCCACCAACCUGCACGAGUUCCAUGCUGACUUGCGCUCAUGCUUCGCCCCACAGCACAUGGCCAUGCUGUGCAGCCCCGUGCUCUAUGGCAGCCACACCAGCCUGCAGGAGUUCCUCCGCCAGCUGCUCACUUUCUACAAGGUAGCAGGUGGCUACCAGGAGCGCAGCCAGGGUUGCUUCCCUGUCUACCUGGUCUACAGCGACAAGCGCAUGGUGCAGACAGCUGCUGGGGACUACUCAGGCAAUAUUGAGUGGGCCAGCUGCACACUGUGCUCAGCUGUGCGGCGCUCCUGCUGUGCACCCUCUGAAGCCGUCAAGUCUGCUGCCAUCCCCUACUGGCUGCUGCUCACACCCCAGCACCUCAACGUCAUCAAGGCUGACUUCAAUCCCAUGCCCAACCGCGGGACGCACAACUGUCACAACCGCAACAGUUUCAAGCUCAGCCGAGUACCACUCUCCACAGUGCUGCUGGACCCCACUCGCAGCUGCACCCAGCCUCGGGGCGCCUUUGCUGAUGGUCAUGUGCUGGAGCUGCUUGUGGGCUACCGAUUUGUCACCGCCAUCUUCGUGCUGCCCCAUGAGAAGUUCCACUUCCUACGCAUCUACAACCAGCUGCGGGCCUCACUGCAGGACUUGAAGACUGUGGUCAUCGCCAAGACCCCUGCAACUGGGGGCCAGUCCCAGAGCCCACUCGUGAGUGGCCAACCCACUGAGGGCAGGGUCAGUGUUUCUUGGGGCAUUGGGAGAUGCAGCAGUGACCAGCAUCCGACGGACACCCAGGCAGAGGCUAUAGCUCCAGCCCCAGCCCCAGAGGAGGUGCCAGUCCCAGCCCCAGUGGUGGUCCCAGCUCUGGCCCAGGCAGAGGCCUCAGGCCCAGAGGAGACCCCAGCACCAGCCCCAGCAGAGGCCUUGACCCCAGAGGAGACCCCAGCAGAGACCCCAGCUCCAGCCUUGGUGGAGGCCUCAGUCCCAGUGGAGGCCUUGGCACAAGCUGAGGCCCCUGUGCAGUACCCAAGUGAGCACCUGAUCCAGGCCACCUCAGAGGAGAAUCAGAUCCCCUCCCAUCUGCCUGCCUGCCCAUCGCUCCGGCACAUUGCCAGCCUGCGCGGGAGCGCCAUCAUUGAGUUCUUCCACAGCAGCAUUGCUGAGGUGGAGAACGAGGAGCUGAGGCACCUCAUGUGGUCCUCAGUGGUGUUCUACCAGACCCCAGGGCUCGAGGUGACUGCUUGUGUGCUGCUCUCCACCAAGGCCAUGUAUUUCGUGCUGCACGACGGCCUCCGCCGCUACUUCUCGGAGCCGCUGCAGGAUUUCUGGCAUCAGAAAAACACCGACUACAACAACAGUCCCUUCCACAUCUCCCAGUGCUUUGUUUUAAAACUGAGUGACCUGCAGACAGUCAACGUCGGGCUUUUUGACCAGUAUUUCCGGCUGACGGGUUCCUCCCCCAUGCAAGUGGUGACUUGCUUAACUCGGGACAGUUACCUGACACACUGCUUCCUUCAGCACCUCAUGGCGGUGCUCUCCUCUCUGGAACGCACACCCUCACCUGAGCCUGUCGACAAGGACUUCUACUCUGAGUUUGGGAACAAGACCACAGGGAAGAUGGAGAACUAUGAGCUGAUCCACUCGAGCCGUGUCAAGUUCACCUACCCCAGCGAGGAGGAGAUCGGGGACCUGACAUUCACUGUGGCCCAGAAGAUGGCUGACCCGGAGAAGGCACCGGCGCUCAGCAUCCUGCUGUAUGUGCAGGCCUUCCAGGUGGGCACGCCACCACCUGGGCGCUGCAGGGGCAUGCUGCGCCCCAAAACACUCCUGCUCACCAGCACCGAGAUCUUCCUUCUGGAAGAGGACUUCGUCCACUACCCACUGCCCGAGUUUGCCAAAGAGCCGCCGCAGAGGGACCGGUACCAGCUAGACGAUGGCCGCCGCAUCCGGGACCUGGACCGAGUACUCAUGGGCUACCAGACCUACCCACAGGCUCUCACCCUUGUUUUUGAUGAUGUGCAAGGCCAUGAUCUCAUGGGCAACGUCACCCUGGACCACUUCGGAGAGGUGCCAGGAGGCCUGGCCAGAGCCGGCCAGGGCCAUGAGGUCCAGUGGCAGGUGUUUGUGCCCAGCGCCGAGAGCCGCGAGAAGCUCAUCUCACUCUUGGCUCGCCAGUGGGAGGCCCUGUGCGGCCGGGAGCUGCCCGUUGAGCUCACUGGCUAGCCCAGGUUGCAGCUGGCUCUUGCUACCCUCCGUGGCCAGCCUUGCGUCCACUCAGUGCAGGGAAGCAGGCUUUCUUUGUUCUUUUUAAAAUGAUUUCUCUUCUCUUGGUACCUUCAUUUGUCCUCCCAGAGAAUGUGAACAUCUAUGUUCAGUCGAUUCUUUCUAGUCCGAAGAGUGAAAGGGCCGGCUCCUCAGGGGCCUCCAGGUGCCAUCAGCCUCUUGUGGACCUGUUGCCUUCCCCCGGUGGUGUAUGGCCAGGCAUAGCAGUGUCAUAUCUUCUGUCAUAGGACCGUUGUCAACACAUGGCGUCGUGGGUCCUGUUUACUCUUUCACGUGUCUUUUCCUGAAAUGUCAAGCCCAGUUUUGUUGAUGUUGCUGUCGUGGGCGUUUGCUGCUAACCGUGAAGCUGGCAACAAAAUGCACAUUGGAAGUUCCCACCCUGUGCAGUUUUCCAAAGUGGAGACUUCUGGUCCAGACAAGUGGGAGAGCUCCGUGGGGCAGGAGCCCCCCAGGCCUGGGGCUGAGAGGGAUGGGAGCUGGGGACCUAGAGCUGCCAGCACUGGUAUGAAUUCUGUUGCCUAUUUUAUCUGUUCCAAUAAAGUAGAGUUUGGCACAG